AAAACAUUGUUUACACUUAAUCCUCAAAACUCAUUUACCUAGCUAACCUUUACAUUUAGCUAGCUUGACUUUAUCCUUUUUGAUCUUUCCGAUGGAACAAACGGGCUCAUACCCAGUAAAAGUGUAUAUUUAUGACGUGACCAAAGGAAUGGCUCGACAGCUCAGUCCUGUCAUGAUUGGGAAGCAAAUUGAUGGUGUGUGGCACACUGCCAUUGUGGUUCAUGGGAAGGAGUUCUUCUUUGGAGGAGAUGGGAUCAACCACUGUGCUCCUGGUAAUACUAUUUUAGGACCCCCAGAUUUAACUGUAGACCUGGGAUCUACUGAAGUUCCAGAAGAGGUCUUCAUGGAGUACUUAACUUCUCUGGGAGAAUCCACAUUUAGCGGUGACAAGUACCACCUGUUGGACCACAACUGCAACACCUUUAGCAACGAAGUGGCUCAGUUUCUCACAGGGAAGAAGAUUCCCUCAUAUGUCACUGACCUUCCAUCUGAAGUCAUGUCCACGCCUUUUGGGCAGGCUCUCCGUCCUUUCCUGGAAUCCAUGACCAUAAACCCAGGGGGCAACAAUAUGAGAGGCCAGCCAUAGAAGUCCACCUGCCAGGUCCAUUUUAUAUGAACCGGGCACUUUUAACUUUAAUUUGAUUUUUCCUGUGUGUAAGUGGAAAGGAAAAGUAAAUUAAUCGGAGUCAAAAUGUUGACGGCAUUAUCACAUGUUCUUUUACAAUUAAUGACUAUUAAAUGAGAAUACCCAGUACCCAGAAGUAAUAUUUUUGUACAAUAUUCAACCAGUAACAUACCAUAC